AUGAGAGUACAGAGGUGACUGUAGCGGUAAUCUGGUCAUGGCGUUUCCACAGGGAUACUUGUACCAGUCGUCGCUGUCUCUGUACUCGUGUCCGCCGUACGGCUCCACCGGGAUAACGGCACCGCGAACGGACGAUCUGGGACGGUCCUCCAGUGGAUCUGCUUUCGCCCCGUAUGCGUCCACAGCCUUCACGAACACCACCGCCGCCUUCAGCUCCCUCCAGUACAGCCCAGAAUCCGCAGCCCCCUUCACUUCAUACGGGGGCUCCCCAUAUGACCCUUCUCCAGGCAUGACCGGCUCCAUCGGCUAUCACCCGUACGCCGGUCCCCUGGGCCCGUACCCGUUCGGGGACCCCGCUUACCGGAAAAACGCAACGCGCGACGCCACCGCCACCCUGAAGGCCUGGCUCAGCGAGCACCGCAAAAACCCUUAUCCCACCAAAGGAGAGAAGAUCAUGCUGGCCAUCAUCACCAAAAUGACCCUCACUCAAGUGUCCACCUGGUUCGCCAACGCGCGCAGGAGGCUGAAAAAGGAAAACAAGAUGACGUGGACGCCCAGGACGCGGAGCGAGGAUGAGGAUGAAGAGGACAGCAUUGAUUUGGAGAAAAAUGAUGAAGAUGAUGAGCCCAUGAAGACAGCCGAGAGCACCAAAGAUUCAGAAACCCGUGCGGAAGACCACGACGACUCCACGGACAGUGUGAUAAUCGACUGCGGGGAAGAAGAGGAAAACCGGACAGAGUCUCCGGUGCCCACGACCUCCUCUCCCCAAGACGAACUGAGUGAAAGCACGAUUAAGCCCCUCAGCGGAAACUGCAAGCCCACAUCUGUCAUCCCCUCCCCGAACCCCAAACCCAAACUCUGGUCUCUGGCAGAAAUCGCUACGUCGGAUAAAGGGCGCGAGGAGGUGUCACAUACGUCACGCGCGGGGUCACCACAGUGCACGUUUCCCGCCAGACAUUUGUACUACGCGUCUCCAUUUUUCGCGGGUUUCUCGAACUAUGGCGCCUUUGGACAUUUGAACGGCGGCAGUGGCGGGAACUCGACACACCUGAACGGAAUAAACCAGGCGGUGUUACACAGAACCAGAGACAGCAAACUGACUCUGGAGAUGUGCAAAGAACUCACUUUCGAGCACAAGAGGGCGAAUAUUUAGCUUUUCUUUUCUUUUUUUUUUUUUUGUAUUUAUUGUUUCCAGAAUGAAACGAACAAGCGUUGUGCUUUUAAACUGUA